AUGGCGUUUCAGAAGGAUGAAAAUAUACGUCUGCUGGCCAUCAAGAUCUGCAAAGCAGUUUUACCUGAAGAUUCAGGGCGACUCUCGGAAACUAUUGACAUCGUACAUCGACUGGGUUUAAAUUUAAGAGAAGGAGACAUUAUGGUGGAUAAGCAAAGAAGCUUUCUUUUGGGGAAACAGUUCCAGUGGGAUAUCCCUGUCCCCUAUGUGCUGGAUAGGAAUCUGAGUAUGGUCAUUAAAGGAGUUAUUAUGAGGGCCUUUGAGCAGUUCCGACUAAAAUCAUGUAUUGAUUUUAAGCCCAGGACAGCAGAAAAAUAUUACAUCUCUGUGGAGAAGCAAGAAGGGUGUUGGUCAUCUAUCGGGCGAGCAGUUUCUUUAGGCCAGACUAUUUCCUUGGAAGAUGGAUGUGCAAAAAAACCUAUUGUUGAGCAUGAGUUUCUCCAUGCACUGGGAUUCACCCAUGAGUUUUCAAGAUAUGACAGAGAUGAUUAUGUCACAAUCGUCUACGAAAACAUAAUGAAAGGGUGUGAAAGCAAUUUCAUUAAAUACACUGAGAACAGGACCAGCACCGGAGGCAUCCCAUAUGACUACACAUCUGUGAUGCAUUAUGAUAAAAAUGCCUUCAGCAAUGGUAAUGGACCCACAAUCCUUACCAAGAUUCCUGAGUUUGAAAAUAUAAUUGGUCAACGCUUCGACAUGAGUGAAUACGACGUGAUUGAACUCAACAAAAUGUAUAAAUGCAAUUCGUCCAUUUCUUUCCUUGACCACUGUAGCUUUGAUAAUGAAACUAUGUGUCAGAUGAGUGUCUGUUCUUUUCCUGAAAAUGGAUGGAAGAGAGUGAGCUCAGUGAGAAGACUCAAUGUGACUGACCACACCUACUUGGGCAAACAGCCAAAAGGUAGCUCUUCCUUCAUGCACUUCAGCACUAAGGCUAGAAAAGACUCUAGCAGAUUGGCAAGUAAAAUAAUGACCCCCAAAAGAGACUGCAAAGCCCAAUGCCUGCAGUUCUACUACUUCCACAGUGGCAAUGAGAAUGACCAACUCAACAUCUGGAUCAGAGAGUACAAGGAUAAAGACAGCAGAGGAACUCUUAGAGCUAUGGAUCAAAUCUCAGAACCCCCUUCUAAUUACUGGCAGCUGCAUCAUGUGCCACUGAAUGCAAAUAAAGCAUUCCAAGUUGAAUUUGAAGCACGUAGAGGAGCUGGAAACUCCAUUGGAGGUUUCUCACUGGAUGAUAUCAAUGUUUCAGAGACUGAGUGCCCCCAGAUAUGGCAAAUAAGGGACUUUGAGAUGCUUUGGAACAACACUAAUCCUGGCAAAUACAUAUACAGUCCAUUGUUUUACUCUAGGGAUGGUUAUCGCUAUCAGAUAUUCUUAGGGCUGUCUGUGAACUGCAUAGGAAUUUAUGUUCGUCUGGUAUCUGGUGCAUUUGACAACCAGCUGCAGUGGCCUUUUUCAUGGAGACAAGUGACCUUCCAGGUGCUUGACCAGAAUCCACAUAUUCAGAAGCGCAUGUCCUAUGAGCAAAGCCUCAUCGCUGACCCAACUGCUUCUUACAGCAGUGAUUGCUGGGGCAAUCCUCAAAAGACUGGAACUCAAACUGUCAUUGGCAAUGAGACUGUAUAUGUGAAUAGUGCAUUGGGCUUUGGAAAGUUAUUGUGCAAAGAUGACUUCACUAAAAGAGAGUUUUUCAAGGGUGGUGACAUCAUAUUACUCUUCAGCAUACAAGAAUACUUUUUCUUAGAUAUCUCAGAGCUACUGCAGAGUAACUCUUUACCCUGCCCAAAAGUGAUAGCGAAGAGCAUCAACAUUUCUCCUGAUGAACGUGCCAAGGACAGAUCAUGUGACACAAGGUCCAUGUCCAUUUAA